AUGGGUACCUCAGUGAUACAAGAUACUGUAUUGGUGCUUACGGAUAAUGUAGUUGUGCCUCUUAGCACUGUUUUGAAUGCAAUCAAGGUUGUCAAGAAGGAAGGAGUUGAACAGAUUGAUCCUAUGAUCAUAACUCAAGCUUCAGCAUCAAGUUUGCUUCCAAUUGAUUCAUCGUCUAUGGAUAUUGUUGUAUUCAUCAGUACGUCGCUUGAAUUUCCGGGUGAUCAAUUGUUUGCGGAGAUUUCAAGAGUUUUGAAACCUGGUGGAUCCACUCUACUUCACCAGACUUCUCAGUCUGCUACGAGGCAAAUGACCUCUUCUCUUGAGCGUAGGUUAUUGGUGGCAGGGUUUGUGGAUGUGCAGUGUAUGCAAAUGACACCAAUUGCAUCGUCUGAAUUGGUUGAGACUUUUGGGAUCAAGGCCAAUAAGCCAUCGUGGAAAGUUGGUUCAUCCUUUUCUAUUAAGAAGGUCAAUAAAAUUUUACCUAAAGUCCAGAUUGAUGAUGAUAUGGAUCUGAUUGAUGAGGAUAGCCUGUUGACUGAAGAAGAUUUGAAGAAACCGCAGCUACCACUUGUUGGUGAUUGUGAAGUUGGAAGCACGAGGAAAGCAUGCAAAAAUUGCACCUGUGGGCGGGCUGAAGCGGAGGAGAAAGUGCUGAAGCUGGGACUGACUCUGGAUCAAAUGGACAAUCCUCAAUCAGCCUGUGGCAGUUGCGGAUUAGGGGAUGCUUUCCGGUGCAGUACAUGCCCUUACAAGGGUCUUCCUCCAUUCAAACUGGGCGAGAAGAAGCUCUCUUUUUUGGCGCUUGCAUUGAACGCGAAUGAGGAUAAUAAUAAGCGUGCUACAUUUUCUGAUGAGUGCUUCGUUCUUGUCUGUUUAAAGCUGGAAGGUAAAUCCAUCUCAAUACCUAAAAUAGAAUUUGAUGAUGAUGCAAAUUCUAAGAGUCUUCUGUUUGGUUCUCGUGGAAAUAUAAAUGAGAGGGCUGUCGAAUUAGCAGUAAUUGCGUGGGGAGUGGCUGGGAUGGGAUGGUCUUUGGGAAUAGGUGGAGGUGGGUAG